UGGUUUUUCUCUUUCAACGAAAGAAAUGCGUCACAAUCUUAUUUGUAUCUUGCCGUUUUAACCAAGACCUCCUUGAAUCUCAAGUCUAGGUCUACAUUUCCAGGCCCCUGAGAAGACCAGAGAACGAUUAAUAAGGGAUGCGCGGGUAAGCGUUGUCAUCACAAUGUUAAAGAUAUCGAAACUCCCAGACCACCAGGAAGCGCUGAGUACGGGAAAGAAAACCCUGCCCAGCAACUCGAAUAGACAAACUAGACCGGUAGAAAACAAUCGGUCCCCAGGACAAAAAGCACAUUCACACCUUCCUCUGCAACCUACUCAUCCCUUUACACUCGCAGUGCUGCAACCAAAACACGAAGUUAUUUCUUUUCAUCCGGAGUGUGGACCUGUCGCGGUUAAACAUGAACCGAGGAAAAUUCCUGCUCAGAACCCGGGGGGAGAAGGCGUCGGAGAGGACCGGACUGUCCAGGGGCUCCGCCCGUCAGGGGUCUCCAGCUGGCAAGUUGCGCUCCUCGGGAGAUUCCCGGUGUCAGAACGAGAGGCUGGAGUCGGAGCGAGGCACAAGGGAUGCGGGAGAAGAAACGAGUGGGGCCGAAGAGGCAGCCAACGAGAAUGGGGCUACGAGGAGAGCGGGAAAGGGCGGCCAAGGAGGGCGAAAAGGGGAAGCUGCCGCUGGGCGGGAGACGGCGGAGGAGCGGAACGGGGCGGGGGCCGCGGGAGGACAGAAAGGCGGGAAGGGGAGAGAGCGCGGAACUCGGAACUCCAGCAGGUACAGGCCGCGGCGGAGGAGGGGGCGCGGAGAGGCCCAGGCCUAGCCCAGGGAAACGACGCGACUCGAGGCGGGCGGGCCCGGAGAAAGCCGCCCGCGGCCCGGCCGGCUGUGGAGGCCGAGACGCGGUACCGUGGCCGCUCUCCCUCACGUCAGGGCACUUACCUCCUCGCAGCUGGGGCACUCGAGUGAUCCGACGCCGUCAGUUCCGAGCUUUUCUCCCGAAUCUCGGCUCCCGACUGACCCGGAUCCAAACCCGCCAAGAGGGCGGCCCGCGCCUCAGGAGUUGCACUGAGCCUGCGCAUUCCCGUCUGCGUCCCGUCCCCCUACUCAUGCUCCUCCCACCCCAGUGAGUCGGCAGCGCGGCAGGCGACGGCUACGCAGGCGCAGGACGGCGCCCGCGCCUCUCUAAUGCCCCGUACCCGCCCCCUUCGGUAGCACGUGCGCAUUACAUCAUUUCCUGUUAUUCUUCGGGUUUUCUCCUCCCAGUGGCGUGGGUUUGCUCCCGGCCUGCUUUUGGGGCGUGCCUGCUUCUUCCUCUCUGUCAGAUGAGCGAGUAGGCGCCAGGCAAGCAGUCGCCCUCUGCCUCCACCGCCCUGGGGUCUCCUUGUGCUUGGUUCUCACUUGAAGUCACCUGUGCAGCGGAAUUCUGCGGAGCCGGGGCGAGGACAGGGUGCGGGGGUCUUUAUGGCAGCGGAUCCCCGGCUGAGCGCUUGGCCCAGUGUCUCUGUGAUGCUAGAAUCUGGACUGCCUGCGACCUUUCCUGGUCUCGGACACCAGCCCUCGCCUCCUGGUGAUCUUUCAGGGCCUGCAGAGAAGCGAAGAGGUGUUGAACGUCGCCAGGGCCAUUCGUGUGAAGCCGGAAUUAGAAUUGAAUUGAAAUGCCUUCGCUUUUGAUAUCACUGCUGUUUGUCAUGAGCCAACUGCUUUUCCUUCUCUGGGCCUCAGUUUUCCGUCUAGUAAGUGAGGAAGUUGGACCUUAUCGGUGAAUCGUUCUUUUCAGGUGUAGACUCCUUUGAGAAUCUAGUGAGAACUGUAGACCCUCUUGCCAAAGAAAUGCACCUACACGCCAAAUUUUGCAGAAAGAUUUAGGCAGUUCACCUAAGGAGAUGAAUUUGGGGGCUCUUUACGUUUUUCUGAUUCUGAAUGUUGCUCAGGUGGCAAGCGGGAAAAGGUGAUUUGUGCAACAGCUGCCACCCGCUCCAUCACCAGGACUGGUUCUGCUGAUCUAGCUGUGCCUCUCCUCGCCUGCCAGUCCCCGGCUCCACGUCCUCACUUCUCAACGCUUCAUGAAAGCGGAUGAAUUUGCUCAGUAGAGUCGGCUAGCGUUGAUUGCGGCCCACGCGUAGAGUGACGGUUUUUCCCUGAACCAAACUGGCCCCUUCCACCAUCAUUCAUUCCCCAAUACUUUAGUUGUAGUCAACUAACUAGAUAGGCUACCGAAGAUGGUUUAACUGUGUUCAGCCUAACUACAGCCAGGCAUUGGAAUGCCUGGCCUAUGUCUGUAAAUGAAAUUUAGCAAUUUAUUGUAUAAUGUUGUUAAACACGAAGCCUGUAGUUGGCCCUGGGUAAAAUAUUUUAAAUUCUCAUCUUUCAUACCAGAGGCUCAGUAACUGACGGGAUGAAAGAAAGAAAGCUGUUCAUUGUAUUCAUUGUAACCUAAUGAGGCUAAUUCGAUAGCAUUAGAUGACAUUAGAGAUUAGAUAACUUGUUCUAGCUGCCUUUGUCCUUUGUCACAUAGGUCUAGUAAGUCAGGAUUUAAACUGCCUUUCUCGACAUCUCUAAAGAAAAAGCGGGAAAUAUGAUGCAUUUUUUUUCUCAGAUCUCACCAAGUUAAAUGUAUCAGUAGCAAAUAAGUGUUUUUAAGCUGCCACUUCAAAAUAUAACUUCAGAUAAAAUCUCAUAUAUCUUUGAGAAGGCUGAGUGUGGUGGCUCAUGCCUAUAAUCCCAACACUUUGGGAGGCGGAGGUGGGUGGAUCACUUGAGGUCAGGAGUUUGAGACCAGCCUGGCCCACAUAGCAAAACUCCACCUCUACUAAUAAUACAAAAAAAUUAGCUGGGCAUGGUGGGGCAUGCACUUGUAAUCCCAGCUACUCAGGAGGCUGAGGCAGGAGAAUCUCUUGAAGCCCCUAGGUGGAGGUUGCAGUGAGCCAAGAUUGUACCCCUGCACUCCAGGCUGGGCAACAGAGCAAAACUAAAACAACAAAACACACACACACACACACACACACCUCGUAUAUCCUUGAGGGGAAAGAAUUGUCUGGAUCACGAUUGACUUCCCAGAGCUUAGCACAGUUCCUGGGGGUUAGCAGAUGCUCAAUACAGUUUUGGUGAAUUUUCAUUUUACCUGAUUUCCGUCUCUAAUGAUAUUAAAUACUAAAAACUAAAAAGUUACAGCGUUUCAUUUUGUGUAGGCACAUGUCCAUCAUAAAGAGGUUGAUGCUUUCCAGGAAUGUGAUGCAUUACUCAGGGAGUACUUGGAAGAUGAGAACCUCUUGUGAAUACUGAAGUCUGUCAACUCACACACCUGACAUGGUCUUAAGUUUCGAGUCAUUAUACAUGACUUAAGGACUGGCUCACAGUGUGGUACGUCAUGACUUGGAAUGACAUAGAAAAGCUACAAAAUGGGAUCUGAGUGAACAAAAAGCCAGAUUGGUGUCCUAUACCGGCAAUUCAGGGUCUUUUUUAAUCAUGGGGAAAACGCCUGAACUUGUGUGUGGACUUGAUAUUCAAGAAAUCAACUUUGUAUUAAUGUACAUGGUAAUGCCAUUUAAUUAAAAAGCUGUGGUAGAUGUAAAAUUCCUCUAACAAUGCUUCCUUUUUGUUACAAGUGUCUUGUACAUGCUUUAGUAGGAGAAACUUAAUUCUGAAUUUAUACUGCAAGAACAGUUUAUAUAGGAAGAAAACUUUGGAGAAGCCAAGUCCAAAGUAAUAAAGAAAAUUAUUUCCCUAAGAUUGUGGCUGCCCAUUGUACCAGUGGGUAAUCUGGAAAAUAUUCUGUUCUUAUGUUUUAAGACUCAAAUAAAUUCAUUUAUUCCUUA